AUGCAGACAGAAUUCCAACAAGGUCUAUGGAAGGCUGCCCAGGGCCCGUGGGAGUCGGCCGUUCUCCCUAGUGCCCAGAAUCUAGCGCGAGCUAGAGCUUCUCUCCCCGCGACACUUCCAGAUACAGGAUCCAGUCUCGAAUCUGUCCAGCGACACAUUGUCGACGAUAUUGUCCCGGCAUUCAACGGAGGAAGCUUAAGUGCCAACUACUAUGGCUUCAUCACUGGCGGAACUACCCCGGCAGCGCUCUUCGCGGACAACGUUGUAUCUGUUUACGACCAGAACGUCCAGGUGCAUCUCCCAAAUCACUCGAUUGUCACCGAUGUAGAGUACAACGCACUUGGUCUCCUUUUGGAUCUCUUCCGACUAGAGCGUUCUGAGUGGCAUAAUGGAACAUUCACUACUGGUGCCACGGGGAGCAAUAUCCUCGGCCUAGCAUGUGGGCGCGAAUUUGUUUUGCAAAAGGCGGCGGAGAGACAAGGCUGUCAUCUCCAGAGUGUUGGUGAAGAGGGCCUAUUUGAGGUAUUGAACGCACUGGGUCUUUCUGGAGUGCAAGUUUUAUCAACACUGCCACACUCGUCCGUCGUGAAAGCCGCUGGUGUGCUAGGCAUCGGUCGUUCCAACGUACACAACAUCUGCCGAGCCGACGACCCGCUCCGCUUUGAUAUUGAUAAGCUUGAAAAAGAACUUGCGAGAACAGACAAGGUCAGCAUUGUCGCGAUAUCUUGUGGGGAGGUCAAUACUGGUCGGUUUGCAACAAGCGGUGAGGAUUUGAGAGAAAUUCGCCAGCUGUGCGACAAGUACGGAGCCUGGAUGCAUGCCGAUGGAGCAUUCGGAAUAUUUGCCCGUGUUUUUGAUGAUAGCCCGGAGUUUGCAACAGUCAAGAAGGGUUGCGAAGGAAUAGAACUGGUUGAUUCGAUUACCGGUGACGGCCACAAGCUUCUCAACGUUCCCUACGACUGUGGCUUUUUCUUUACUCGACACCCGAAUGUGGCAUCGCAAGUAUUCCAAAAUGCAAAUGCAGCCUACUUGACUGCUGGAAGCUCCGAUGGCCCUUCCAUCCCCUCGCCUUUGAACAUUGGAAUUGAAAACUCACGAAGGUUCAGAGCAUUGCCGGUGUAUGCAUCGCUGUUGUCGUAUGGCAGGUCUGGAUAUCAAGAAAUGCUGGAGCGUCAGACAAGACUUGCCCGGAAAAUCUACGGAUGGGUCUUCGAGCAUUCUGCGUAUACAGCUUUACCAGAAGCAUCGUCUAAAUCUGAGCUGCUUAAUCAGACCUUUAUGUCUGUUUUGUUGCGCGCAAAUGAUGAGAGCUUGAACCGCGAGCUAGGAAGCAAGAUUAACGAGAGUUCGCGAAUGUUCGUCUCCGGUACUAGCUGGGAUGGAUCCCCUGCUUGCCGCAUUGCAAUUUCGAAUUGGCGAGUUGAUGUCGAGCGAGACUUUGCGCUGGUGACAGACGUGUUGGCAAAGGUUGCUCAGGGCUAG